AUGGCCCGUCUUACCGUGGAUCAACGUGCUAGACUAGCUCUAACUAAUUUAAGAAGUAUGAUGAUGAUUCCUUCUGUGAAGAUGCGUACAAUAUUGAUCAGGUUCAUGCUUGAUGUUUUUGACCCUGCCACUGCUACAUUCGAAAUAGGAGAGAACAAUGGCGUGGUGUCUCUUGGUUUUGUUGAUGUUGAGUGUCUCCUUGGUCUGGUUAAUGAAGGAUUUUCUCGCUGGGGAAAUACUUACCGAGGAAGUACUUGUACUUGGGAAAAAUGUCGACCGCUAGAAGGCGAUCGUGCAUUUAAUCCUAAACUGUCCAUGCGCCCUCUAAUGAGGAACUGGAAUGAAGCAGCUGCCACGCGGAGAGACAAUUUUGACUAUGAGAAUGGUCGAGGUCGUGGUAACGUGAAGAUUGAUGAAAAUAUCACUGAAGAGUAUCGGAUGAUGGAGCCGGUUGUGCCGGAUCCCGUGGCUGCUCAUCGGAAUAACGCCAAGCCCGCGAGUGCUGUUCCAAAAAAGAAACCGGCUCCAAAACCCAUUGAUAACGGUCAGACGGAAAUUCUGAUAAAUCGUUUAACGGGUUACCUAGAUGCACAAUUGCAGAAGAUGUUGGCUACCAUCCCUGCCUUAUGUGCUCAGGAGCCUGCUAAGAAUGGUACUACCAAGAAUGCAAAUGAUGCUAUGCGCACACCUGACAAGGCUGGUGGACUGAAUGGUACUCCAGCAGGAAAGCCAUUUGGCGAUGUUGGUAGCACACCGGAUAAUCCGUUCAUCAUUGAAAAUGCUGAUCCGGUGACAUCAGAUUCAGAAAUUGAUCUCGACGCAGUAAGUAUUAGCAAGUUCUUAUGUAAAUCAAAGGAAGAUGAGUUGGCUGGGAAGAGGAAGCGAACAAUUCCCAAAAAAUUUCAAUCUCCCUAUGCUCUAGACAGACGCACCAAGCGUCAAGUCCGUGGUUCAUCCACAAAAGCUCUGAAUUUCGAUGAUAAAUCUGGAGCAGAUAAAACUGCAAAACCGGAUGCAUCAUGCGAUUUGACGGCUGAACUUGUAGACGCAGCUAUAGUCUUCCUCGAGAUUGCAUCUCGCUCAGACCAGCACAAAAAAAAGAAUGUUUACCGGAGUGCCAGGGGCGAUGAAGUUAACGCUGAGCGGCUACGUGUUGUUCUCGACGAAAAAUGGUUGUCCGAUGAUGUCAUUGAUGGUUACAUUGGGCAUUUGAACCUCCGUGUUGGGGAUGAUCGCUUCUUGUGUCCAGCAUGGAGAUCAAAAUAUCUAGUAGACCGGGCAAUUGCCGGAGACAAACCCAAAGAAUCCAGCAAGAACAUGGAUAGCGCGAUGGUAAGAUCUGGCGCGGUUGGUAGAGUGUUGACGGAAUACACCGUCCGUGACAAGGUUUAUUUUCCACUCAACAUUGGCAAUACACACUGGACGACCGUUGUCAUGCACACACCGAAGCAAGAAUUCCAAGUUCUCGACUCGCUUUAUCCUCUAGAGUUUACGUUGGAGACUGUUGAGGCACUUCGGCGCCAAAUUGCAGAUGACAUGCAAGUGGCCAACGAAGUCACGAGUGGAAAUCAUCCCGACGUUUCAAAGUGGCCGAUAUUAGAGUACGACAUGCCGCAGCAACAUGACGGGAACUCUUGUGGAUUGUUUGUGAUGGAAUGCAUGGAGCAUUGGGAUGGGGACCGGAUGACUGCAGAGAUUUCACGAGUGUAG